AUGCUUGCCUCUCGUAGCAUUCGCGCCUUUGCUGCGCCGAUGCGCACUUCUGCUAUUGCAACUCGGAGCUUGCAGACAGCUCCCACGCGACCUCGUUCGUUGCUCGCCUCGCCAACAAUGUCCUCGUCGCCUUUGGUAGCCGGCGCUGUACCGGCACAAGCUGGUCGUCGCAACCUGUUUACUCGAGCACCACCAACACCUCUGGCGCGCACCAAGCAGCUCAUCUACCUUGUGUUUGCCAUCGCAGCUGGUACGCUUGGCAUUGCCUACUAUGCAGACUCUCGUUCGGCUAUCCAUCGCUGGAUCGCAGUUCCAGCUCUGAAAGCAUUCCUCGACCCGGAAUCGGCACAGAAGCUGGCUGUCAAGAUGCUCGAGACCGGACUUGCACCACGUGAUCUUGUUGACGACGAUGCUGUGCUAGAAACGGAACUGUUCGGCAGAAAACUCUCCAACCCGAUCGGUCUUGCAGCUGGAUUCGACAAGCAGGCAGAGGCGAUCGAUGGACUGCUUGACCUUGGCUUCGGAUUCAUCGAGAUCGGCAGUGUCACCCCAGAACCACAGCCUGGGAACCCACAGCCUCGCUACUUCCGCCUGAUCGAGGACAACGCCUGCAUCAACCGUUUCGGCUUCAACUCGGAAGGUCACAAUGUCAUCCUCAGCCGUCUGAGGGACCGCAUCCGACGAUGGCUGCUUCACUCGUCGAGCGUCGCCAACUUGCAAGAUGCGCUGCUGGCUUCGCCCGACUCGGCCAGCGUCAACGCUAGACAGCUGAUUGCUACGCACCCUAAAAGCACAUCGGCGUUUGUCGACGCCACCGACCUGCCUCGAAGCUUGCGACCGGCCAAGAUGCUCGGUAUCAACCUGGGCAAGAACAAGACGAGCAACGAAGAGAGUGUCGACGACUACGUCAAAGGUGUCGAGCGUUUGGGUCCGUACGCCGAUAUGAUCAUCGUCAAUGUCAGCAGUCCCAACACGCCUGGUCUGCGUCGUUUGCAGCGUCGAGGCGUGCUCGAAGAUUUACUCACCCAGGUGGUCAGGGCGCGCGAUGGCAUGGUCGAGUCGCAUCUACGCUUCUCAGACAAAAAAGUGGCAGUGCCUCUGCUCGUCAAGAUCGCACCGGACCUGAGCGAGGAGGAGCUUCACGACGUUGCCGAUGCCGCACUCAAGAGCGGUAUUGAUGGAUUGGUGAUCAGCAACACCACCAUCUCUCGACCUGCCUCGCUUCGAUCGUCGGAACACGUGCGCGAGACGGGUGGUCUGUCGGGCGCUCCUGUCAAGCCCCUGGCGCUAAAGGCUCUGACCACGGUCCACAAGCGCUUGCAGGGUAAGCUGCCCAUCAUCGGAUGCGGCGGUAUCAGCAACGGUCAGGACGCGCUCGACUACGCCAAGGCUGGUGCCAGCGCGAUUGAGCUGUACACGUCUUUCGGCUACCAAGGUGUCGGUCUGCCGCGCCGCUUGAAAGACGAGCUGGUAGAACUGCUGAAAGCCGAAGGCAAAACAUGGCAGCAGGUGGUGGGAAGCGGUCUGGACCUGACCAAGAUCUCGAUCGCAACUCCCAAUGCCGAGACGCCCACAGGGCUGCACCCGGGCAGCGAUGCCGCAUUCCAGAAGAGCGUUGCCGGCGUCAAGCUCGAACUCAAUGGAUUGCGUAACAAGCUCGGUCUGAACCCGACGUUGACCAAAGAGAACCUGCGCAGCUUCCUUCCGAGCAGGGAGUCGGAUGCGAGCUACUACGACCUCAUCGAGAAAGCUCAUUCGGCACUAGGCCUGGAAUUUGCAGCCGGUGAAAACUCCAACGUAUCAGCGCCUAGCUCCACCGCUCCCUCUUCGCAGCCUCUCCCAACCGCAGGUGAGAGACACGUGCAAACCGCCAACCAGCUGUUGCAAGACCCUCAAGUGCCCACCGUUACAGUUGUGACCAACGACAAGACCAAAAAGGUCUUUGGUGAAACGACGUCCGGCAAAGUGCUCGAGGCCAACGAGAAUGCCGCGAACCGCGAUUUCGCCAAGAUCGACAAGGUGCGCGUUGUUUAA